AUGCGAAUAGCCGAAUCUUGUAGGGGCCUCCCUAUAGCCACAACUAUCAUAGGUGGUGCCAUGAGAACAAAGAACUUGGAAGAAUGGGAAGGGAUGGAACAAAUGCUGAGGGAUAACAUGUAUUCAUCAGAUGAUACGAUGCAACGUAUUUUGUCUAUAGGCUACAAUCAGUUACCACUUCAUUUGAAGCCAUGUUUUCUAUACUUGGGAUAUUUCCCACGCAACCAACCUAUACCUGUCGAAAAAUUGUGCUUAUUGUGGAUAGCUGAAGGGUUUAUAUCAAUUAGAGGUUCAAAUGUAGGUAAAUCGCAAAUGGAAGUUGCGGAAGAGUAUUUCGACGAAUUGUUUGAUAGAAACAUGGUGAGUGUGGCAGUGAAUGAGGAGGUGCCGCCCUCCGCAAGGUUUCAGUCGUGCACGCUGAAUGACUCGAUUCGUGACCUCUGCAUACAGAAAGGAGGAGAGGAAGAGUUUUUCAAAGUCGCACGUGGAAACAUAACAAGAAAUCUAACCGGUAGAGUUGCGUUAUGUUUGAAUACGGACGAUAUUUUUCCUCUAAACGUAUCUGAGGGCAAUGAUAUUAGAUCAAUUCUUUUCUACGAUAUGGAUGAGUCUCACUCCAAACAAACCCGGCCCGGAGAAUUCCCGGACCUUACCGAGUUCCGUAGGACAAGAGUGUUGGACUUUGAUGAAGUUGAUUUCCGGGUUAAAAAGUUGCCUAGAGGUUUAGAAAAACUAACUUACCUAAGACACUUGAGUUUCCGAGGAUGCUAUCUCCACGAGUUUACAUCAUCUCUGAGCAACUUUCCGUUACUGGAAACGUUAGACUUACGUGUAAGAGUUUCUUGUGUGAUGACAAUACAGAAUGUCCUGACGAAGCUAUCAAGCUUGAAGCAUCUGUACUUUCCUUCAACCUUUCGAUGUGAUGGUACAGAGGAUAAGUUGAAGCUCGACACGUUGACCAAACUCCAAGUACUAGAAAAUUUCAAUGCUUGCAUGUGCGACGUAAACGACCUCCUACAGAUGGAAAGCCUUCGAGUUCUGACAGUAUAUGUGGAUGGGAACAACACGGACUUGAAGAAAACCACGAGCUGUCUGAAUCAGAACAAAUUCUUACGCCACUCGUCGGUUGUGGUGAAAAAUUUUGACUCUUACACAAAAGAAAGGCUAUCGGUAGUGGCGGCGUUGCUGGAGUGUAAUGCUCUUCAUGGUCUGAAUAUAGAGGGUUACUUAGGGGUGACACCACUUCACGAGGGUAUUGGUUCGAACUUCACUUCGAUGGUGUUUAACGGAUCCGAAUAUAGUGAGGACCCCAUGCCUAUAUUAGGGAAGCUUCGCAACCUAAGGAGCCUCGUUUUGCGCAACGAUGCAUUUGUUGCGACGAAAAUGGUGUGUUCUGACGAAUCGGGCUUUCCUCACCUCACGAGUCUUGAAAUAUCGACUUUACGGUUGUUGGAGAAAUGGGAGGUCAGAGGUGAGGUGUUCAUGCCGAGACUUGCUAUUCUCACUAUCGAGAAGUGCGAUAAGUUGGAAGAAAUCCCUUUGGGACUUUUGAAAAUACAAACUCUUCGAAAAAUCAACGUUAGAUCGAUGCCCAAAGAAUUUCAGGACAAAGUCAAAAAAACGACUAAUAAGCUGAUGGCCCCGUUUUCAUACGAGUAUUGA